UAUAUUUAUCUAUCAGCUCUCCUUCUCCUCAAAAUAUAACAAAAAACAGAAAAAGAAAAAAAGAAAAGAAAACCAUGGCUAUGUCAGUUUCCAUUUUAGCUGUCGUCACUUCUCUUCAUCUCAUCGCCUUUGUCUUCGCCGUCGGAGCCGAACGACGUCGCAGCACUGCUAAGGUGGUGCCGGAUGAGUACGAUGAGCAGACUUACUGUGUGUACGGAACGGACGCGUCGACGGUGUACGGAUUGUCGGCGUUUGGUUUGCUGUUAUUGAGUCAAGCUGUGUUGAACGGCUUUACUAGGUGUCUUUGCUUUGGUAAAGGCCUUGUUACUGGCAGCUCUUCUACCACUUGCGCCAUCGUCUUCUUCAUCGUUUCCUGGAUUAGCUUUCUGGGAGCUGAAGCAUGCUUAUUGGCAGGAUCAGCGAAAAAUGCAUAUCACACCAAGUACCGAGGAAUCUUUGGUGGAAAUGAGCUAUCCUGUGCCACUCUUCGCAAAGGCGUCUUUGCUGCAGGGGCAGCUUUAACAUUGUUGUCACUGAUAGGAUCAAUCCUCUAUUACUGGGCUCACUCCAGGGCCGACACCGGUGGAUGGCAGAAGCACCACAACGAAGGCCUUGGCAUGACUACUCAGCCUCACCCUCAUCCUCACCCUCCCAGUGAAUACGAGAAAGCUUAAUCAUCUUCUGGGUUGAUUAAUUUCCACCAUUUUGGUGGUUUUGUUGAGAAAACAGAAAAAAGAUAGAGAUUAAUUUAAACCAUAUGGUCUUUUAUUGGGAGUAGCUGCAUGUUGUAUAUUUGUUAUGGUGGUGGUUAUAUUUUAGAAAUGAAAUAUAGUGUCAUGUUUGAACUGUUA